AUGUCCGGCCGUCGAGAAUCCAACUCGAAACAGGCCCCUGCGGCCGCGCAGCAUGGGCAGACGGACCAAGCCACUGUCAACCCUUUGGUCCUACCCCCAGGAACAUCCAGCACUACCUUCCAGGAGUUCAUUGUUGCGGUCAAGGAGAUCAGCGGAUCCGAGAAUGUCACCAUCGUCAGCAGCAGCGAGCAAUGCAACAAACGGGACUACCUUGACCAGAGCAAGGUCCAUGAUAUGUUCCACCUCACUGGUCCAGAGCAUUUCAUAUCCUCGGCACUUAUUACCCCGCGCGAUGUCGCCGAAGUCCAAGCCAUUGUUAGGCUAUGCAAUAAGUUCGAGAUCCCCCUUUGGCCCUUAUCUAUUGGCCGGAAUAUCGGGUAUGGGGGAGCGGCGCCCCGAGUCCCCGGAUCUAUUACUAUUGACCUCGGAAAACAUAUGAAUAAGGUUUUGAAAGUUGAUGUUGAGGGAGCUUACGCAUUGGUCGAACCUGGAGUGACGUUUGCAGAUCUUCAUCAGUACUUGGUCGACAAUAAUCUCCGUGAUAAGCUCUGGAUUGAUGUGCCGGACCUGGGAGGAGGCUCUGUUCUGGGAAACACAAUUGAAAGAGGCGUGGGCUAUACGCCAUAUGGGGACCACUUUAUGAUGCAUUGCGGCAUGGAAGUUAUCCUCCCGGAUGGAACGCUCGUUCGCACGGGAAUGGGUGCACUCCCAAACCCUGAUGCAGAUCCCAACGCACCGCCGCACGAGCAAGAGCCUAAUUCGGCCUGGCAGCUUUUCAACUAUGGAUUCGGCCCAUAUAAUGAUGGGAUCUUCAGUCAAUCUUCCCUCGGAAUUGUAGUGAAAAUGGGUAUUUGGCUCAUGGUUAACCCCGGUGGCUAUCAAUCCUACCUAAUUACUAUUCCUAAGGAUAAGGAUCUACACCAGGCCAUCGAGAUCAUUAGACCACUUCGAACUUCAAUGGUCCUCCAGAACGUUCCGACCGUUAGACAUAUUCUACUCGACGCAGCUGUCAUGGGUAAUCGCGCAUCAUACACAUCCUCAAAGAAGCCUCUCAAUGACUUAGAACUCGAUGAAAUUGCAAAGAAAUUAAACCUUGGGCGCUGGAACUUUUAUGGGGCGCUUUAUGGCCCCGAACCAGUCAGGAAGGUUAUGUGGGAGGUUGUGAAGAAUGCCUUCUCAGCUAUCCCUGGUGUGAAGUUCUACUUCCCAGAGGAUAUGCCUGAUAAUGUCGUCCUACAAACUCGGCAUCUUACGCUUCAAGGUAUUCCCACCUACACAGAGCUAGAAUGGGUGAACUGGCUACCUAACGGCGCACAUCUCUUCUUCUCGCCUAUCGCCAAAGUCACCGGUGACGAUGCCAUGGCGCAAUACCAGCUGACUCGGAGCCGUUGCGAGGAAGCUAACUUCGAUUUCAUCGGUACCUUUGUCGUUGGCAUGCGUGAGAUGCAUCAUAUUGUUUGCCUUGUUUUUGACAGGGCCGAUGAGGAUUCAUGUCGCCGCGCACACCAGCUUAUCAGCACGCUUAUAGACGACGCAGCGAGGAAGGGUUGGGGAGAGUACCGCACACACUUGGCCCUAAUGGAUCAGAUUGCGGGAACAUACAACUUCAACAACAAUGCACAGAUGCACUUGAAUACCCUCAUCAAGGAUGCUCUGGAUCCAAAAGGUAUUAUUGCCCCGGGGAAGAAUGGUAUCUGGCCCAAGAACUAUGAUCCGAAGAGGUUCGCCGUGGCACCGGCCCCUUUGACUCCAGGUCCGCGGCUAUAG